AUGCCGAUAUACAUACAAGGUCAUUCUACUGCCAUGCAGAUAUACAUACAAGGUCAUGCCACUGCCACGCAGAUAAACAUACCAGGUUAUCCUACUGCCACGUCGAUAUACAUACCAGAUAAUGCUACUGCCAUGCUGAUGUACAUACCAGGUCAUGCUACUGCCAUGCUGAUAUUCAUACCAGGUCAUGCUAGUGCCACGCCGAUAUACAUACAAGGCCAUGCUACUGACACGCCGAUAAACAUACAAGUUCAUGCUACUCCCAUGCCGAUAUACAUACAAAGUCAUUCUACUGCCAUGCCGAUAUACAUAAAAGGACAUGCUACUGCCUCGCCGAUAUACUUACCAGGUCAUGCUAAUGCCACGCCGAUAUACAUACCAGGUCAUGCUACUGCCACGCCGAUAUACAUACCAGGUCAUGCAACUGCCAUGCAGAUAUUCAUACCAGGUCAUACUACUGCCACGCCGAUAUACAUACCAGGUCAUGCUACUGCCACGCCGAUAUACAUACAAGGUCAUGCUACUGAUAAGGUUAUCAACAUACCAGGUCAUGCUACUGCCACGCCGAUAUACAUACCAUGUCAUGUUACUGCCACGCCGAUAUACAUACCAGGUAAUGCUACUGCCAUGCAGAUAUUCAUACCAGGUCAUGCUACUGCCAGGCCGAUAUACAUACCAGGUCAUGCUACUGAUAAGGCUAUCAACAUACAAGGUCAUGCUACUGCCACGCCGAUAUACAUACCAGGUCAUGCUACUGGCAAGCCGAUAUACGUACCAGGUCAUGUUACUGCCACGCCGAUAUACAUACCAGGUCCUGCUACUGCCACGCCGAUAUACAUACAAGGUCAUGCUACUGCCACGCCGAUAUACAUACCAGGUCCUGCUACUGCCACGCCGAUAUACAUACAAGGUCAUGCUACUGAUAAAGCUAUCAACAUACCAGGUCAUGCUACUGCCACGCUGAUGUACAUGCCAGGUCAUUCUACUUCCACGCCUAUCAACAUACCAGCUCAUUCUACUGCCACGCCGGUAUACAUAAAAGGUCCUGCUGCUGCCAGGCCGAUAUACAUAGAAGGUUGUGCUACUGCCACGCUGAUAUACAUACAAGGUCGUGCUACUGCCACACCGAUAUACAUAAAAGGUCAUUCUACUGCCACGCUGAUAUACAUACAAUGUCAUGCUACUGCAACGUCAAUAUACAUACCAGACCAUUGUACUGCCACGCCGAAAUGCUUACCAGAUCAUGCUACUGCCACGCUGAUAUACAUACAAGUUCAUUCUACUGCCACGCCUAUAUACAUAUCAGCUCAUGCUACUGCCACGCUGAUAUACAUACAAGUUCAUUCUACUGCCACGCCUAUCAACAUACCAGGUCUUUCUAGUGGCAAGCCGAUAUACAUACCAGGUCAUGCUACUGGCGUACGCCUAUCAACAUACCAUGUCAUUCUACUGCCACGCCGAUAA